AUGAUGAAGAACUUCAUCACCAUCGCUGCCUUUGCUGCCAGCACCAACGCCCUCGUUAGCCGUAGUGACAGCUGCUGCUUUCACCUCACCUCUUCCGGUGGUGCCUCCGGCGAACUUGGCCAGCUAAGUGAUGGCCAGAACCGCAUUGGAGACAGCAGCCUGUCGCCCGCUCAAUACUGCAUCGAUUCUACAGGUGCUAUCACUGACUCAAACGGCCGUGGCUGCAUUCUCACCCCCCCUACUACUCAGUUCCAGUGUGACGAGGGUGCUUCCCCCACUCCUGGCUUCUCUCUUAGCUCCCAGGGUGAGCUCCAGUACAACGGUAGCAAGGACUUUGUUGCCUGUGCCACAGGCCAGAACGGUGGUCUGAACGUCUACACUACCCCCAACAAGUCCGAUGUCACCGGUUGUGUGAACGUGGAGUUGACUGCCGACUCCUGUUCAAACUCGGGCUCUGGUUCUGGCAGCUCGUCGUCAUCUGCUAGCGCUGUUCCCUCUUCUGUCGGAUCUUCCAGCGCUCCGUCAACCUUCUCUUCUGUCUCAUCCACCCCAGGCUCUGGCUCUGGCUCUACCGCCCCUGCUCCCACGGGCUCUGUUCCUUCUCCAUCUAGUGCUGGUGGUGGCUCACAGCCCAGCGAUUCUAACAGUGGAUCUGUCCCCACCAGUUCUGCAUCUUCUACUACAGCGACUGGAUCCUCUAGCAGCUCUUGCCCCACUACUCUUACCACCGGCAGCUACGAAUACCCCCACCUGAUUGUCCCUGUUGACUCCUCCUCGCCUGACACUGCGCCUGGUACUUCCUACAAUGGUACCGUGAGCUCCACCAUCUCGAGCGCGUUCAACUUCGACAUUCCCUCGUCCGACUCCGGUAAAACUUGCAGCCUGGUAUUCCUUUUCCCCGAGCUCCAGGACCUCGAGACUUCGUCUUAUAGCUUUAGCGGUGACGGGAAGAUCGACUUCGCUAAGCUCUCUUCCGCUGUCGACGAGUCUACUACCUUUAACAACCUGCCUUCUGUGUCCCAGGACCUCGGCGACAUAACCGUUUCCCCCGGUAACUCAUACGUCAUCUCUACCUUCUCUUGUCCUGGCGGCCAGACUGUCGCUUUCGAGAUGAAGAACUCUGGAAGCACCGACCUUAACUUCUUCGAAGACUACAACCCCUCUCCUCUCGGUCUUUACAUCACCACCUGCUAG